AUGAAGUGGUGGCCGAUUGGAGCCUCACUGAUGUCCAGCAAUGUUGGAAGUGGUCUCUUUGUUGGGAUGGCAGGGUCAGGGGCUGCAGGAGGGUUGGCAGUUGGUGGCUUUGAAUGGAACGCUUCUUGGGUGCUGGUAGCCCUUGGAUGGAUCUUUGUUCCAGUUUACAUUGCUGCUGGAGUGAUCACUAUGCCUGAAUACUUAAAAAAGCGGUUUGGUGGUAAACGGAUUCGUAUCUACAUGUCUCUUCUUUCGCUCCUCCUCUACAUCUUCACAAAAAUUUCGACAGACAUUUUCUCAGGAGCCCUAUUCAUCCAGGUAUCACUGGGAUGGAACAUUUACCUGUCCACCGUCUUACUGCUGGUUGUGACAGCAAUUUACACUGUUGCUGGUGGGCUAACUGCAGUUAUCUACACCGAUACCCUACAGACAGUCAUUAUGGUAGUGGGGGCUUUUAUUCUUAUGUUUAUGGCGUUUAACAAGAUUGGCUGGUACACAGGUCUGGAGCAGAAGUACAUGGAGGCUAUCCCAAAAAUAAUUGUCCCUAACACAACCUGCCAUCUGCCCCGCAGUGAUGCAUUCCAUAUGAUACGUGACCCCAUCACUGGGGACCUACCUUGGCCUGGCCUUAUAUUUGGUCUGACUGUGUUGGCCACCUGGGUUUGGUGCACUGAUCAGGUUAUUGUGCAGCGAUCCCUAGCAGCCAAGAACCUCUCCCACGCCAAGGGAGGCUCCAUAGUCGGGGGUUACCUGAAAAUUCUUCCUGCAUUUUUUGUAGUACUUCCAGGAAUGAUUAGCAGAGCUCUAUAUCCAGAUGAGGUCGGUUGUGUUCAUCCAGACGAAUGCCGGAAAUAUUGUCAGGUUGAAACGGGCUGCUCCAACAUUGCCUAUCCCAAGCUGGUAAUUACACUCAUGCCUGUCGGACUAAAAGGGUUAAUGAUAGCAGUAAUCAUGGCUGCUCUGAUGAGCUCUCUCACAUCCAUCUUCAAUAGUGCCAGCACUAUCUUCACUUUGGAUGUCUGGUCACGUAUUCGAAGAAAUGCCAGAGAACAAGAACUUAUGAUUGUUGGCAGAAUUUUUAUAGUCAUACUGGUAGUUAUAAGCAUCCUUUGGAUUCCCAUCAUCCAAGCAGCAAACAGUGGUCAACUGUUUGAUUACGUGCAGUCUGUCACUAGUUACCUCGCCCCUCCGGUCACCGCCAUAUUUAUUUUGGCAAUUUUUGUCAACAGAGUCAAUGAACCAGGAGCCUUCUGGGGUCUGAUCAUUGGGCUGGUAGUUGGUUUGAUUCGAAUGAUCAUGGAUUUUGUAUAUCGAGCCCCAAACUGCGGAGAGAAAGACACCCGUCCAUCUUUGCUGAAGGAUGUUCACUAUCUGUAUUUUGCAAUCUUACUUUUUGCAUUCACAGCAAUUAUCUGCAUUGUGAUCAGCCUGUUUACUCCAGCUAUGUCUGAUGAGGAGAUUGGUCGUUUCACUUGGUGGACACGAAACAGACCAGAGAAAAUUACCAACCUGGAAGAGCAUGAAAAGACAUCAGAUAAUGCUACAGUACCUUCCAGCAUCUUGCCAACUGAGAAGGAGCAAGGUAAUUUAUCUUCAAUAUUGCCACUUCUGAUUACAGCCACUUUGUACCCCUGGUGGAAGAAGGUCGGUUACUGGUUCUGUGGACUGUCCACGCAGCCUGAAGUCAAACUUUCUAAAGAGGAAGAAGAGAAAUUACAGAAGAAGCUGACCAGUAUUGAUGAGGAGCCAUUAUGGAGAAAUGUGUGCAAUGUUAAUGCUAUCAUCCUCCUCACCAUCAAUGUUUUCCUAUGGGGAUAUUUUGCCUAA